GACUACACCGUCCCGAUUCUGCCUCCCUCUGCCGUCCUGCCACACAACUGGCUACGUACCGAGACGCGGUGCACGACCACACGCUCCAUUCACAUCAUCAGCCAGCACCUUCAGGAACUGUGGAACGGACUGACGACGUCUCGCCCCCAACAUGCUGACUGGAUGGAGAGCCGUCCUCGCCAGAUGCUGCAUCCAGCAGCGCUACGUGCUCUCGGUGAUGGGAUUCCUGGCGAUCGCCAACGCGUACACGAUGCGCACCAGUCUGUCGGUGGCCAUCACGGAGAUGGCGUGCAGCGGCCCCUCAGCAGGCUCCAGCACUGGAAACUCCUCCUCCAACGACAGCCAGCCAGAUGUCGGCCUGCAGUGCCCCGCUGACGACGAAUUCGAGGCCAGCUCGUGCGGGCUGGCCGAGUUCGACUGGGACGAGGAGACGCAGGGCCUGAUCCUGAGCUCGUUCUUCUGGGGCUACAUCGUGACGCACCUGCCCGGCGGCAUGCUGGCCGAGCGCUUCGGCGGCAAGUACUCGCUGGGUCUGGGCAUCCUGUGCACGGCCAUCUUCACGCUGCUGUCGCCGGUGGCCGCGCGCUACGGCGGCUCCGGCUGGUUCAUCGCCAUCCGUGUCCUCAUGGGUCUCGGAGAGGGAACUACGUUUCCUGCCCUGAACGCGCUUCUGGCACAGUGGGUUCCUGUUAGCGAAAGAGGCACUCUUGGAUCUCUCGUCUUUGCUGGUUCCCUGAUCGGAAACAUCGUGGCUAACGCAGUGAGCGGCGUCGUGAUAGAGGCGACGCAGAGCUGGGACAGCGUCUUCUACCUGUUCGGCGGUAUCGGAGUUCUCUGGUUCAUCCUCUGGCAACUGCUCUGCUACAGCGACCCCAACUCCCACCCAUUCAUCUCGGACGAGGAGAAAAAGUACCUCAACGAAACUAUUGGAAACGUGGACAGAAAGGAGGAUCUUCCACCAAUACCAUGGUUCCACAUGUUGAAAUCUAUUCCUCUCUGGGGUCUGAUCUUCGCUCAAAUUGGCCACGAUUGGGGUUUCUACACUAUGAUUACAGACCUACCAAAAUACAUGAAGAAUGUUCUCAGAUUUUCCAUUUCUGCUAAUGGUCUGCUGUCGGCGCUACCCUAUGUUGCUAUGUGGCUCUCUUCAGUUGCCUCUGGCUGGCUUGCGGACUGGAUACUUGUGCGUGGGUACAUGAAUACAACUAACGUCCGGAAAGUAUUCACAAUCGUAGCCGCCAUUGGACCCGCCGCUGGCAUUAUUGGAGCGUCGUACGCAAACUGUGACCGGGUAACCGUGGUGGCGCUGUUCACGGUCGGGAUGGCCCUGAUGGGGACGUUCUACCCCGGUAUGAAGGUGAACGCGCUGGACCUCAGCCCCAACUACGCCGGCACGCUGAUGGCCUUCGUCAACGGCGCUGGCUCCAUCACGGGCAUGGUGGCCCCGUACCUGAUCGGAGUUGUUGCCUACAACAGUACUCUGGAAGAGUGGAGGAUAGUCUUCUGGAUAACAUUCGGGAUACUCGUUGUAACUGGAAUCAUAUUCUUUUUUACUGCCUCUGGGGAAGUUCAGUACUGGAAUAAUCUAUAUACGACGAAGGACGAAGAAACUGGAACCCACAACAAAGACAAAGACGCUACGGAUCCAUACGAGAUGAGGACGAAGCCACCAGCCUACACUCCGUGAGACGGGGCAGUCGUCGUCGUCGUGAGCUGUGUUACCACUGGAGUACAAAGUUCCUUUUCAUGCAUCAAAUGCAUACUUUUUUGUUUUAAUGGAAAUUCCAUUAGCUGAUAGUCUUUUUAGAAAGACGCUGUUGACUUUAUCUCGGAUGUAUCGUAUAUACGCAGCGGCGCUCAAGGCCCUGCGUAAAAAAUAACGUAUUCACGGGAAGCACGUCCACCGAUGGUGCUUACGAUCUGCCUUCACAUUCUGUUAGGCAGAAAGCUGAGUGAGGUCUGCAACUGCGAGCGCAAUGGAGCCGCAACUGUAAAUUUUUUCUUAACUUCCCUUUCUGUCACAUGAAAACUCAAACAUAAUCGCCAAAUUUCAUAAUUAAUACAGCAUCGCUUCUUACUGCAGCCACGAUCGCGAAUACCUCUUCGUUUCGUUUCGUUCGGUAAAAAAAGCAGACAUGAGGUGCUUCCAGAGAGAACGAUUAGCAAGCUUUAAAUCAUACAAUCAAGAAUUUUGGAGCUUCCGCGGUUCUUCAGUUUGUGUCACUGUUUUCGAUCACACUGAUGGCAGCGAAUUAUAAAUUUUAACGCUAUCUCCUCCACACAACUUGAAUUCUUUCAUAUCGGAGUGCAACACACUACAUUGUACUGUAAUUGGUACAAUAAUAUUGUUCCAUCUGAUACUUCAUUACGACACAGGUUAAGUUACAAUGCGUGUAUUUAAUAAUCGCUUCCUUAAAAAAAAUCCCAGCUUAACCAAAACAGAAAUAUGAGUCUGUGUGAAUAAUUUCUGUUGAAAAAUGGUGUUAAUCUAUGAUUAUAAGAGUUAUCUCGCUGCAACAAUGCAUUAACAGAAAACAACAAUAAUCUGAUCGCGCUUUGAAAAUGAGUAUCACAAAAGUGACAUUACGUAUCCAAUGAAAAAUAGUGGCGAGAAAUGAGGCAAAUACUGCUCUUAAACGUUGCACAUUGAAAUGAACAAUGCAUAAGAAAAAAUUCCGAUCAGAUAUGCAUUAUUAACGGUAUAAUGUUUGAAAAACAAUUUACAUACGGAAAUUUGCUUUCACCGCACAACCUGAGUUACAACUAAAAAUUCAUGAACUUAUUUGCAAACAAUAUUUACCAUGCAAAAGACCUGCCGUUUGCGUUUAUUUGUGUAAAUUAUAUUUAGUAACGUGCACUUCUGUGAAGUCCUGUUAUAUUAUAUGCAAAAAAAUCAAUAUGGCGCAUUUCGGUGUCUUAUUUUUUCAACAAGCUUUAUCUCGAUUAAUGAACUGUACAUAUCUCGAUUUUCAGUUAUUGAAGGAAAAAUGCUUUGUAGGAAAAGAUACUUUUAUUUUUUGACGUUUGAGAUUUGAUGUUAA